AUGGAUACAAAAUCAGAGACUUUGCGUAAAACAAAGAAAAUUGCACUUAUCAAUGUUCGUGUAUUCGACGGACAAGUUAUUCGUGAACCUAGUACAGUAGUAAUUGAUGGUGAACUCAUCGGCGCAAACUCCGAAGGAGCUCAGGUGAUUGAUGGAAAUGGAGGCAUACUCCUACCCGGCUUGAUUGACGCUCACAUACAUCUGGAGAAUGAGGAUACUCUCCGUCAAAUGAGUAAAUUUGGCAUUACAACAGGUCUGGAUAUGGCUACAUGGCCUCCAUCCAAGCUCAACAUUUUACGGAAUCGAGUUGCAAUGACAGAUAUUCGUAGUCCUGGAGUGGCAGCUACUUCCCCUGGAAGUCUACAUAGUUGUUUAUUACCAUUUCCUGCCGACGAAUUGGUGGCCAACCCCGACGAUGCUAAAAGCUAUAUAGCAAAGCGUAUUGCCGAAGGAGUAGAUUACAUUAAGGUAGUGUGUGAUGUGCCUGGUCCCGAUCAAGCCACACUAAAUGUACUGGUUAACGAAGCUCAUAGGCACAAGAAACUGGUGAUUGCACACGCAUCUGCUUCCGUUCCAUUUGCCAUGGCUCAAGAUGCUGGAGCAGAUGUGAUAACGCAUGCACCUUGCGAUAGGGCUCUCGAUCACGAAGCUGCAUCGCGAAUGGUAGCUGAGAAACGUAUUGCUGCCCCUACAUUAGCUAUGAUGGAAGCUGUUACAAAGCCAUCUUGA